UUCCAAUGGCGCGCCCGGACGUCAGACACAGGUGACGAUCAGAGCACGCGCCGCCGAGUUAGACGACCACGCCUCCCUCAUGUGACGUUUCCCGGAGCUGUCAUCAGCGAAAUCAGAAGUCAGAGCGGAGAGAGAGAGAGACACAUUGUAUCAUCAUCCGAGGAGAUCCGACACAUUGUAUCCAAUCAUCGAUCAGAUCUUCUGUACGGCACAUCCCAGGUGAAGAUCUGUUGCCGGCGGUGAUCACUGACGGAUGGUUUUCCUCUCUGCUGCCUCCCAAAUCACUUCCGCUUCCUUAUUGCUUCCGACUCGUCUGACAAUUCCGGACAUUUCCCUCUUAUUCAACCACGAAAAUGCCUCUCCAUGUGGAUGACAUAAUGCGGCUCUUGUGCCACGUUUCCGGAGAACAGAAGAUGAAAGCUGCCGUGAAACACUCUGCGAGGGGCGCUCUGGCCGCCGGCACUGGGGCCUUCCUGGGAGGAUUGAUGGGAGGACCUCCUGGAAUUGCAGUCGGUGGCGCUGUGGGAGGAUUAUUGGGCGCCUGGAUGUCCAGCGGUCAGUUCAAGCCCCUCCCUCAGAUUCUUAUGGAGAUGCCCAAUGACCAGCAGCAGAAGCUGUGUGAAAACAUCUACACCAUCAUCGGCAACUUGGACUGGACCGACGCCACUCAACUCAUCAUGCUGGUCAUGGGCAAUGCUUCCUUACAACAGAAGGUGUCGGCCGCACUCAUCAACUAUGUGUCCCACGAGCUAAAAGGAGAGAUUCAGUAUGGAGACUAGAGGGUUGCUCCAUUGUUUUAUUAUUAUUACUGCCGAAAGUGCGCCUAUGAUUAGAUAGGGAACCCAACAGUGUGGAGAAGGGAAGGCGGAUGCUGUACUUGGAAAUUCCAGUAUGGAAGAUUUUAGUGUAUUUUUGAAGUGUAAGGUUGAAAACGAUCUGCUGCUUAGUGAAUAGAAGCUCCAAGUUGCUCUGGUUGGAUCUGGAGAGCUGAGGAUUGAUCACAGUGCUGCAGGCAAGAGAGACAAUCAUAUGUUUCCUCCUUAAAGGGGGGGUUCACCCUAAAAACUACU